CAAUUGGACAAGUGUAUAAAGCAAUCGUAUCGAAUGUGAAAUCACCACACAGUUGAACAACUACAUAGGAACUAUUUAUCAGUGUCUAUCGUUUACGGCGGACAUAAAACAUAUCUGCACGUUGCACCAUUUGUUUCCGCUCCACGUUUCGUGAUGUUAGCAAGUUAUAGGCGCAUGUGACAAACUGAACAUUGUAUGGUAGAGGGUAGAUCAUCCAUGUCCUUUAACAAUACUUAGCUAGUUACGCAAGUUUUUCAAAGCAGUAUUUAUUUUAAGUAAACAUGGAAGCAGUUGAAGAUGAUUCCCAGUUAGGCCUUUCUUCUGAAGAGGAAGAUAGUGAAUUAUCCGAUGGAGAGCUUCAAGUGGCCUUCGCUAAAGGUUUGCUGAAGCCCGGGUUAAAUGUAGCUCAACAGGAACCAAAGGCAACAGUCAACAAGCCGGAGGGACUCAAACAGUGCUUGAUGGAGUUCCAGAGGAAUUUGCCCUGGGUUGAAAGGCUGGACCUGAGCAACAGCCCUGCUGCUGACAUUGUGGCUAAAGCAGAGGGUGCACUAGCUGCACAGGACACUGCUGAGAUUAGUGCAGAGGAUGACUUCCAGAGGGAGAUGUAUUUCUACCGCCAAGCACAAGCAGCUGUGCUAGAAGCAUUGCCUCGGUUAAAGAAACUGAAGAUAGCCACAAAACGCCCAGAGGAUUACUUUGCUGAAAUGGCCAAGACCGAUCAGCACAUGCAAAAGAUAAGAAAAAAGUUAAUCAUGAAACAGAUGGCAAUGGAGAAGUCCGAGAAGGCCAAGGCACUCAGAGAGCAGAGGAAGUAUGGCAAGAAGGUUCAAAUUGAGGUCCUCCAGAAGAGACAAAAGGAGAAGAAAGCAAUGAUGUCAGCUGUGAAGAAAUAUCAGAAAGGAAUGACUGACAAAUUGGAUUUCCUGGAUGGAGACCAGGGAAAGGGCAAGAAUGAAACCAGAACGACAAAGGCGGCAAUGAACAAAAAAGGUCCCAAUGCCAAGAGAAAGUUCAAGGAUCAGAAGUUUGGUUUUGGCGGAAAGAAACGUGGGUCCAAAUGGAACACCAAGGAAAGUCACAACGACAUGUCCGGAUUCAAGGCCAAGGUGGCUCAUGGGAAAGGAGGGAAGAAAUUUGGGAAAGGGGGAAAGCAGAAACCCAAUAAACGGCCUGGCAAAGACACCCGCAGAAAGAUGAAGAGCCGCUCUCGAUAGCCCCUUCCUUCCAGCCCAUAGUCACUCUGCUCUCGAUAUCCUCUUCCCUCCAGCCCAUACUCACUCUGCUCUCUACAUCCUCUUCCCUCCAGCCCAUAGUCACUCUGCUCUCUAUAGCCCCUUCCCUCCAGCCCAUAGUCACUCUGCUCUCUAUAGCCCCUUCCCUCCAGCCCAUACUCACUCUGCUCUCGAUAUCCUCUUCCCUCCAGCUCAUACUCUGCUCUCUAUUUCCUCUUCCCUGCAGCCCAUUCUCACUCUGCUCAUCCAACCAUUCCAGAGUUCAGCCUUUACAGCCAUUGUACAUUAACUGUACAUUUAAUUUUACUGGGUGAGCUGGAAGUUUAGGUGUGGACUGUGUAUGAAAGACUGAAGCAGCUGUUAACUGCUAUGCCUGGAUGCGCUUGGAAAAAUCCCCUUUAUUUCAGUAAAGUCCUUUUUUUUUUUUUUUUAACAAUUUUUCCUGUGCUCACCGUAACAAGUACAAAAGCAAUGGUUGUUAAACUCAAAAUGUGCAAUGCUGUGGUUCAGUUCGUGGCAUGCUUUGAUGGGGAGAUUAUGGAGGACGUAUUGCAAGGGGGCAACACAGUUCCCUCGUUCCUGUGCAUGCUUCAUUCACAAAUUUCUAUUUUGUUUGAAUUUGUAUUUGAUGUGCAAAUUAAUGUCCAUUUUUAUUAAAUAAUUCUGGAGCUAAGAUGCCCUAUUGCCCCCUGGUUUUACAACACAAUAUUUGUUUACAUGGCAUCAUGUAACAUUGAAAAGCUAUGGGAUUAGUAUCGAACACUGAUCAUAUUGGCUCUGACAAAGCUAGCAUCUUAAGCUGCUAAAGCUUCUCCUUACACACCUCAGGACCCGACGAAGGUCCCCUGAGAAAGAUAAGGUGUGUAAGGAGCAGCUCAGUGUGGCCUUUCUUCCUUUUGUUUGUUUUAAUUCUCAGACAUUUGGAAACACUGUACUUUGGUAAUACUUCAGCGGCUCAUUUUUAGUGACCAGAAACACAUGAGUAUUCUGUACUUUGUGCACCCUCUCCCUGGAUGGAAACGAUCCAGAUAAUGGAAUCCACUUUCUGCAAUCCUGGAUCCGACUAAUCUGACUGAUUUUGUGCCAGUUAGAUUUUCAGCCAUGUUUACGGUUGUUCAGGAGUUUGCAAAAAGGUUUAGACAAGAGGUUAGUCUUUGAUUGAGGAUGAUCCAGAGUGUUUCAUUAGUAGGAUGUAACCCUAUAGCAUAGCAUCUUGGUCCCGGUUCCGGAAGUAUAUUUCCCGUUCAUUUUCUCCAGAGACAUUUCUGAAACACGCAAGAUAAUAUAGUUUUUGGUCUUGAACCGAACCAUCCAACUACGAGAUGAAUCGUGACAUUAAAAAAAUGAUUCAGAGCCAAAAAAAUUUCUGAACCAUGUUGUGCAUCCUUUCAUUUUGACUUUACCAGCUAGAUUAAGACUGAAACCUACUCAACACGUGAUUGUUUUUUAUCCCUUAUUACAUUUCUGUCACACCCAUUCCUCUCCAGCAGGCCGGCCAGAGGAGGAUGGGCUGGGCACUGACCCUUAGGUAUCAAGGUCUUUAGUCGGCACCCCACCACCAAAGACACCAACUUGUUCCCCAUGACAUUGGCUUUCCAACAAUACAAAACAUGAUUACAUUGUAUUAUGCACAACCUAAGAUUCACACAAUGCUUCAUUUUGCAACUGAGCACUCUCUCUCACACCUGCUGACUCCCCGUCAGCACAGUAAACAGUCUGUUUUACUUUGGGAGUCUGAUAAAAAGACUUCUGUGAACUGCCCUACACAAUUAUGGUUCUGUGACAUAAUGUUAUGUCACUGCCCAAUAAUUGUUUGUACUAGAUUUAGAUUCAAUAAAAGCACAUUGCAAUCUUACUUCAUAA